AACCUUUGUUUUCUCUUGUUUCCUCUUGUAAAACAAAUUUUGGCGAUUCACUUGUCUCCGCAAAUUCCGUUGUUUGAUUUCUCGGUCGCGUAUCCACACCAAUUGUUUUAUAAUGCCUCUCGAAAGAAGCCCAAAAAAGAACUCCUUAGAUGCCGAAUUUUCUACGCAAACUGAUGCACAAAAGACUCCGGAGAUAGAUAUUCACUCGGAAAACCAAGGGGCAGUUCCAAAAAAGAUAACACGGAGUGUAACGGCGUCACGUAACCAAAAGGAACGCGAAUAUGACCCAUCUAUGAGCAUUUUCAUAUUUGAGGCUGACAAUUUGGUACAUUUCUGUACCAAAUUUUCUUCACUCCCCAUAGAUGAACUAACGGUGCCCUUGCUGAAAUCUUACCGGGAAGACAUAGACGAAUACUAUGCGGAAGUCAAGCGAGCAUAUCGGAAUGUAUCGUUGGCUGAAGAUGGCGAACUACCCCCAACGUUCAAAUUAGUAGCCAGGAAUAAAAUGGAGCUGUGCCAGGAUCGGGCACACAACGUCAAGGCCCAAAUUUCGGAUCUUAUGGACGUGCAGAUGGCCCAAAUGUGCGAAACGUCUCGUCUAGCAGAGAAACCCCCUUUUCCGGUAAAGGAGCAGGAAAAUACCUUUAUGUGCCUGAAUGUCCCACCCUGUGACACCGAAACUUUCUCCGGAGGUUACGAAGAGUGGCCAUCCUUCCGUGACAUGUUCACGGCAGUUUAUAUUAAUCACCCCAAACUUACCCCUGCCCAAAAAUUGUAUCAUCUCCGAUACAAAACAACCGGAAAAGCCGGAGCCCUGGUUAAACAAUACGGUCUUUGCGGUGAAAACUUUACGCUUGCAUGGAAUGCUCUCAAGUCCCGAUAUGAAAACAAAAGAAUCCUGGUCGACAAGCAGAUUAAAACUCUUCUUACUCUAUCCCAAGUACAUUUUGAAAACAGCGAAGCAUUACAGACACUUCAAAAUUCCAUUAACAAUUCUCUGUCUGUCUUAAAUUCUCAAGGCGUCCCGACAGAGAAUUGGGACCCAAUCCUGGUAUACAUAUGCUCGUCGAAGCUACCCCAAGAAACGUUAUCUUUGUGGGAACAGUCCCUAAGUUCUCGCAAAGACCUCCCAACCUGGGAGCAAAUGAACGAGUUUCUUACAAAACGAUAUGAGGUAGUAGAGCGGCUUCACGGCAUGAAACAUAUCAAGCCCGGGUUUGUUCAGAAUCGAAGUCAUAACAGAACUCAAAACUUCUAUGUUGAAAGCAACACGACGAACCCUUGUCCUAUGUGCGAGGGAAAUCAUCCCCUUAGAUUUUGCUUCGAAUUCAAGAAGUUGUCUGUGCGUGAUAAAUAUAAGGUGGUCCGAGAAAAUCAGCUGUGCGAAAACUGCUUCUCAUUCUCCCACUUAAGAAGUGACUGCUCAAGUCAAAAUACGUGCGCAGUUUGUCAUAGAAACCAUCAUUCGUUACUCCAUGUGACCACUCACAAUGAUCAAAGCCAACAGGAGAAAAACGUAUCGCAGGCAUCCAACCGCCAAACACUAAGGCGAUCCAGGAAACCUCAAAACCCGAAGGAAACACGAAAUCCGACAGCUCAAGGAAACCAUAACACAUCACAAACACCCACAAACGCGACUGACAAUUCUCAGUCACCCGCCAAUACAUACAGUCCACAGGUGCAAUCCAUGCACACAGUAAACGAAGGAAAAACUCUACUUCCAACAGCUCUCGUCUUAAUAGAGAAUUUCGGAGUACUGCAUAAGGUUCGAGCUCUCAUCGACCAAGGUUCUCAAAAAACUUUCAUCACCUCGAAAGUGCAAAAUCGUCUAAGGCUCCCCACCCGAAAGGCUCAAUACGAAAUUUCCGGAAUGGGUGGAAAAUUAAUUCAAAAUUCCAGCCAUAUUUGUUCCGUGAAGUUAGUUUCGCCGAAAAACAGAAAGUCGAUUGAUACCCAAGCAAUCGUCCUUCCACAAUUGACUAGACUUCUUCCUACCUUCACUAUUGAAAAACCCGAUUGGAAUCAAUUCGCCAUGUUGGACUUGGCAGACCCCAACUGUUUCCAACAAGCCCAAAUCGAUAUGAUUAUCGGCAGUGAUCUGAUCCCUCAGAUCAUGCUCAGUGGUAUACAUCGCAACAUAUGUGGAGGCCUGCUCGCGCAAAAUACCAUAUUUGGAUGGAUCAUAAGUGGACCCAUCACUUAUGAAGUGUCAGUGUUCUCGACACAAGUGGAAGAAGUUUCUAACGAACUCCUUAGUACACAACUAAGACAGUUCUGGGAGCAAGAAGAACUGUACCACCCUGUACCGAUUUCAGAAGAGGAUAUAGCAUGCGAGGACUACUACCAAAGGACCACAUAUCGUGAGCCAGACGGCAGAUACGUGGUGAGACUCCCCUUCAAAUCAAGUUUCCCAAACUUGCAUGCAUUAGGCCAAUCCCGUAGCUAUGCCUACAGCCAGUUGAUCAGUAUGGAGAAAAAUCUCGCCCGAAAAGGCAAUCUCAAAGCCAUUUACGACGAGAUCUUAGAAGAAUAUCUUACGAUGGAUCACAUGGAACCAACCAGCUCACAAGAAAUCGCCUCAGAUAGCAAAUAUUUCUCAUUUUAUUUGCCACAUCAUGCUGUAGUCAGACCUGACAAAACAACUACAAAGGUGCGCGUUGUUUUUAACGGCUCUAGGAAUACUAGCUCUGGGUAUUCCCUCAACGAUGUCCUGCACGUUGGUCCCGCUCUUCAACCCGAUCUAAUGGCCCUGAUAUUACGGUGGCGAUUAUAUCAAUUCGUUUAUAAUGGGGAUAUAGAGAAGAUGUACCGACAAAUCCGUGUUCAUCAAGAUGACCAAGAGUUCCAGCGAAUUCUCUUUCGCAGACCGCAUAACUCAGAAGUUCAAGACUUCAGGCUGAAAACGGUUACAUUCGGAGUAAACUGCGCUCCAUUUCUAGCCAUUAGAACCCUUCAACAAUUGGCUAAGGAUUCACGCAACAGGUUCCCACUCGCUGAACAAGUGCUUCUGCGAGACACUUAUGUAGACGAUAUUUUAUCAGGCAGCCAUACAAUUCCAGAUGCUGUGAAUAAAUUAUCAGAAGUUAUAAAGACACUCGCUAGUGCUGGAUUCCCACUCCGCAAGAUAACGGCCAACAACCCAAAGAUUCUGGAAAAAAUCCCGAAGUCAGAUCUCCUUGAUUCCGACUUUCUAAAAUUUGAGAGUACCAGUAGUACAAAAACACUAGGUAUGAGAUGGAACGCUCUUUCAGAUACCUUUUCCUAUUCAGUUGCUCCCAUUAAUGCUACAAAGACUGCCACGAAGCGGCAAAUCUCAUCAACAAUCGCAAAACUGUUUGACCCGGCAGGAUGG